CACGGUAGUAUGGUAGAUGUUGAAAGCUACGAUAUGAGAAAUAUAUUUCAAAAUUUGCAUGGCUAUACCAUGCGGGUUUAUAUAUUCGACUCGGUAUUUUCGAGUGUAAUGGCAGAGGGCGUUGAAAUGAAAGUUACUGGUGUAAAAGGUACCGAUGGCAAUGUGGCCUAUCUGUUGGCGGAGCAUUUAAAUUUCACCAUGGAUUUGCAAUGGCCAGAUGAUGAUUUCUUUGGAGCCCGUUUAGAAAAUGGCUCAUUCAAUGGAGCCAUUGGCCGCUUGGAACGCAAUGAAACGGAUAUAAGUUUAACUGGUUUUUUCAUCAAGGACUAUUUGGCGGAAGGAAUUGAAUUCUCAGCAUCGGUGUACAUGGACAAGUUGUGCUGUUAUGUUAUUAAAUCUCAGCGUAUACCCUCUUCGAUCCUACCACUGUAUGCAGUUCACGAAAGUAUAUGGGUGGCCUAUUUAAUAAUGGGCUUAAUAUCUUCGGUGUUUUGGAUGCUCUUGAGACGGGCAAACCUAUUUUUAAAUGCCGAAGAACUGAAGCAUGUGAAGAGUAUGCGUUUCCGCUGGUAUGUCAUCGUCACAGAUACUUGGGUGCUAUGGGUACGCAUGAUUAUUUCACGUUUUCCUUCCUCAAAUGCGGAGCGUAUUUUUGCAAUAUCUUUAUGCCUAGUAAGUGUCAUUAUUGGGGCAAUUGUGGAUUCUAGUUUGGCCACGGUUUAUAUAGAACCCCUUUACUACAAAGACAUUACGACAUUAAAGGCUCUGGAGAAGGCUAAUGUGAGAAUAUUUUACAAGCAUGCAGCCAUCAAAGAUGAUUUAUUUACGGGGCAUGACUCCGAAAUUUACAAGAGCCUAGAUAAGCGCAUGAUGUUGGUGGGAGAACCUGAGGAGCGUUUGAUCAGUAUCAUGGCCAAAAGAGGCGGAUUUGUGGCUGUCACUAGGGCAUCAUCAUUGGAUUUAGUCGACAUUUACUAUUUUAUAACAAAAAAGGUGUUCAUGAUACCCGAAUGCCCGAAACUUUAUCACAUAGCCUUUCCCAUGAUGAAAGACUCACCAUACGAAGAGACAAUAAAUGUGGCCCUUAUGAAAAUUCUAGCCGCUGGGUUAUUCAACUACUGGAUCGAGGUGGAGAAAUACAAAUCCAAGAGUAGAAUACAUUUGUUUAAAGAUUAUGUGGCAGAGUCCGAUCAUAAAUGGAAAGUAUUAAGUAUUAUCGAUUUACAAUUGGCAUUUUAUGUACUGGUCAUAGGUGCAAUACUAUCGGCUGUUUUAUUUUGUGGAGAAUAUCUAUAUUUCACGUAUAGAAUACGAAAGCAUGAAAUGGCACGAAGGGAUCAAUAAAAGUCUGUAUAUACAUACGUCCAAAUUGACUUACCUCGGAA